UAAUGUCAGGACCUGUGUUUAAGGCAGCAGCCAAAUGGACUGGAAGAAAGAUCAACGUUAAGAAUACAGUAGUUGAAUUAGAUGGAGAUGAAUAAGCAAGAAUCAUUUGGAAAAUGAUCAGAGAGAGAUUGGUUUUGCCUUAUUUGAAUGUGAAUUUAGAAUAUUAUGAUUUGAGUAUGGAACAUAGAGACAAGACUGAUGAUAAGGUAUUAUAUUUUAAUAGAAAAUUAAGGUUACUUUCGAUUCAGGAUAUGCUAUCUUAAAACAUAAGGUUGGUGUUAAAUGCGCAACAAUUACAGCUGAUGAAGCAAGAGUUGAAGAAUUCAAACUUAAAAAGAUGUGGCCAUCACCAAAUGGAUCAAUUAGAGCUAUUUUAGAUGGUACAGUAUUCAGAGAACCAAUUAUUUGUAAAAAUAUUCCCAGAUUGGUUCCAGGAUGGACUUAACCAAUUGUAAUUGGAAGACAUUCAUAUGGAGAUUAAUAUAAAUGUUAAGAUGUAAAAUUACCAGGACCAGGAAAAUUAGAAUUAAUUUAUACACCAACAUAAGGAGAAUAAGUUAAGCGAACAAUCUUUGAAUUCAAAGGAAAAGGUGGUGUUGGAUUAGGAAUGUAUAAUACUUAUGAAUCAAUUGUUAACUUUGCUCAUCAAUCAUUUUAAUAUGCUUUAAUGAGAAAAUAUCCAUUGAUGUUGGGAACAAAAAAUACUAUCUUGAAAUAAUAUGAUGGAUAUUUCAAAGAUAUUUUCUAAGAGAUAUUUGAAACUAAAUACAAAAAAGUAUUAUUUAAUUAUUUAUAAUAGGAUUUUGAUGCUAAUAAAUUAUGGUAUGAACAUAGAUUGAUUGAUGAUUUGGUUGCUUAAAUGAUGAAAUCAUCAGGAGGAUUUGUUUUAGCCUUGAAAAAUUAUGAUGGUGAUGUUUAAUCAGAUAUUGUUGCUUAAGGAUAUGGAUCUUUGGGUAUGAUGACAUCAGAAUUGGUUGCCAAUGAUGGUGUUUAUGAAUCUGAAGCUGCUCAUGGAACUAUCACUAGACAUUAUAGAGAACAUUAAAAGGGCAAAGAAACAUCUACUAAUUCAGUUGCCAGUAUUUAUGCUUGGACAAGAGGUCAAUAUUUUAUAUAUAUAUAUCUCUAUAGGUCUCAGACAUAGAGGAAGAUUAGACAACAAUUAAGAAUUAGUCAAAUUCGCUGAAACUGUAGAGUCAUCAAUCAUCUAAACUAUUGAAUCAGGAUUAUUUACCAAAGAUUUGGCUUUGAUUGUUCAUGGUCCAAAGGCUGACAGAUCAACCUAUUUGAAUACAGAAUAAUUCAUUGAUGCUGUCAAUGGAUAAUUAUAAUCAAAUCUUGGAUUUUUAAAGUGAC